GGAAGAUAAAACAGGAAAUGAGCUUCUCGCUCUCUCUCCGUGUCACGUGAUACGUAACAUAGUAACCAAUAAGCUUCCGGGGUCGCGGAGGCGUUAUUAUUUUUUUUUUUUAACCUGCCGCAUUAAUAGUUAGUCAUACGGAUAGCCAUCAUAGUUGCCGUAUUGACGCAGCAAGAUGCCGGGCAAGCAGGGUCAGCAGUUCAAAGCAGGGGACCUUGUGUUCGCCAAAAUGAAGGGAUUCCCUCACUGGCCAGCUCGGGUCUGUAAAUCAGAUGAGGCACAAAAGAAACGAGUGUCCGUCUUCUUUUUCGGGACCCAUCAGAUAGGUCACCUCCCACCGGAAAACAUCGUCCCUUUCGCCGGUAACAAGAUGAAGUACGGCGGUAGCGUACGCUUCAAAGGCUUCACCGAGGGCAUGUGGGAGAUCCAGAAUACACCCGGAGUCGGAAAGAAAUCCAAAUUUGCAGCCAAAAGUACACUUGCGAAAUCAACCGACGCUUCUAAAACAUCCGCCGAAGCCAAAAGUAUACCCGCAAAGCCGUCGUUGCCUGAAAACUCAAGAGGAAAAUUCACAGACACCAACGCCGCGCUUGUGAAAGCAUCUUCCGAGGUUAAAGAUGCGUCCGUGGCAGCCAAGUGCGCCGGCGGCACGCUGCGCCUGAAGCCGUGCGUGGUGAAAUGCGUCCCGGCCAAGACGCCCCACGGUUCGGUCAGCGUCGCAAACGAGUCGGCGAAUGUCUGCCAGGCAGCGAGCGCGUCGAGCGGAUUUGACGGUCGGCCCAGGAGCGAGGAGGCCGCAAAAACUCUGAGAAGAUGUUCGUCCGGGUCAUCCGCUCAAAUACAAACGGAGGACAACGACGUCAAAAUCCAGACUCCGCAGGAAGUCUCCACGGCCGAAGGCGGCUCGGCGUCGCAGACGGCGAAUCGGGCGCCUCCGGCGAAACGGAGACGAGGGAGGCCGAGUAAAUCGGCGGCACGAAAGAAGAGCGACCCACCAAAGGCAGAAGAAGGGCAGACGGCAGCAAGCGGCGCAUACCUGACGGCGAGCACGCUGCGGCUGAAGCCGUGCGUGGUCAAAUGCGUCCCCGCCAAGGCCCCCGACAGUCCCCCUCGCGACGCACACCCCGACAAGUCGGCCUCCGCGGGCGAGCCGCAGAGCAAGCCGGAGCUCCCGUCCGGACCGUCUGCGCCGACGCCGGCGGGUGACCUCCAAACUUCACAGGAAGCUUCCACGCCAGAAGGCGGCGUCUCCGCACCCGCGUCGAUGCCGGUGACGAAGAAGAGACGAGGGCGGUCGAAGAAAGCGCGCGCAGAGGAGAGCGAGAUUCCAGUCGGAAAGCUGAAGAAAGCGGAAGACGUCCCGGCUGCCGCCGCCGCAAACUCGUCUGCCGAAUCUCGCGGCGUACCCGGCGCUUCCGAAACAGCCGAUCGGGAGGCCCGGCCUUCUCCUACGCGAAGGCCCGGAAGAAACGCGGACCGGCAGGCGGUGGCAACGACCAAGACGUCGACAGCUAGCGGAAGAGUGAAGAGAAAUGAAGGAGAAACGCAGGAGACCAAACAGAAGGGAGGCGAAGAAGGAAAGGUAGAGGCGGCGGCCGAGUCGACACCGAGACGGGGAGGGAAGAGGAAGAGAGAUGACGGGGGAAAGGAGAAGAGCGAGCAGGAAGGAACAACGGAGGUGACGCCGGAGGAGUGGACGCCUAGCCGAGGAGCGAAGAUGAAAAGAAAAGGGAGAGAAAAGGGGGAGAGCGGGAAGGCGGGAGGCGAGGAAGGAACGACCGAGGUGCCGACAGAGUCGACAGCUGUCCAAGGAGAGAAGUCCAAGCCGGAAGGAGAAAAGGAGGAGACCAAGGUGGAAGGAAGCGAGGAAAGAAAGACUGAGGAGACCAGGGCGGAAAGAAGGGGCAAGGUCACGGCGGAGUCAACACCUAGUAAAGGCGAGACGAAGACAAAAGAAGGCGAAAAGGAGGAGGCCCGGCAGGGCGGAGGCGAGGAAAGACAGACGGAGGAGACCAAGGCGGAAGGAAGGCGCGAGGUCACGGCGGAGUCAACACCUAGUGAAGGCGAGACGAAGACAAAAGAAGGCGAAAAGGAGGAGGCCCGGCAGGACGGAGGCGAGGAAAGAAAGACGGAGUCGAUCCCCGGCCGAGGAGUGAAGUCAAAGCCGAAAGGAGAAAAGGAGGAGACGGAGGCGGAAGGAAGGAGCGAGGUAACGACGGAGUCGACACCGAGUGAAGGCGAGACGGACACAAAAGAAGGGGCGAAGGAAGAGACCCGUCAGGAAGGAGACGAGGAAAGAAAGACGGAGUCGAUACCCAGCCGAGGAGAGAAGUCAAAGCGGGGAGGAGAAAAGGAGGAGACCAAGGCGGAAAGGAGGAGCAAGGCGACCGCGGAGUCGACGCUCGGCAAAGGCGAGACGGAGAGGAAAGGGGCCCGGCAGGGAGGAGGUGAGGAAAGAAAGACGGAGUCAAAGCCGAGAGGAGAAAAGGAGGAGGCGAAGCCGGAAGGAAACGAGGGAGGAAGGAUUAAGUUAACGGGGGAGUCGACACUCGGCAAAGGCGAGACGAUGAGAAAAGAAGGCGAAAAGGAAGAGAUCGGUCAGGAAGGAGGCGAGGAAAGAAAGAAGGAGUCAAUACCCAGCCAAAGAGGGAGGUCAAAGGCAAAAGGCGAAAAGGGGGAGACCAAAGUGGAAGGAAGUGAGCAAAGGAGGAGUAGGAUCACGGCGGAGUCAACACCUAGUAAAGGCAAGGCGAAGAGAAAAGCAGAAAAGGAAGAGACCCGGCACGCAGGAGGCGAGGAAAGAAACACGGACUCGAGACCGAGCCCGGGAGAGAAGUCGAAGGCGAAAGCAGAAAAGGAGGAGACCAGCCUAGAAGGAAGGAGUAAAGUAACGCCGGGGACAACGCCUAGUAAAGGCAAGACGACGAGAAAAGAAGGCCAAACGGAAGAGACCCAGCGGGACGGAAGUGAAGAAAGGAGGACGGAGCCGAUACCCGGUCAAGGAGAGAAGUCGACGAGGAAAGCAGAAAAGGAGGAGAGCGAGCCGGAAGGAAGGCGUAAGGUAACGGCGCAACGGACACCCGGCGAAGCCGAGACGAAGAGAAAAGCAGAAAAGGAAGGGACCCCGCGGGAAGGUGGUGAGGAUAGAAAGACGGAGUCGAUACCCAGCCGGGGAGAAAAGGAGGAGACGGAGCCGGAAGGGGGCGACGGAGGAAGGAGGAAGGUCACGGCGGGGUCGACGCUCGGCAAAGACGAGACGGAGAGAAAAGAAGGCAAAGGGGAGGAGACGCGGCCGGAAGGAGGCGACGAGCAAAGGAUUGAGCCGACAUCCGCCCGAAGAGAGGGGUCGGAGCCGAAAGGAGAAAAGGAGGAGACCGAGCCGGAAGGAAGGAGGAAGGUAACGGCGCAAUGGACAGCGAAUAAAGCGGAGACGAAGAGAAAAGGAGAAAAGGAAGCGACCCCGCGCGAAGGCGGUGAGGUUAGAAAGACGGAGACGAUACCCCGCCGAGGAGAGAGGUCAAAGCCGCAAGGAGUAAAGGAGGAGACCGAGCCGGAAGGGAGCGACGGAGGAAGGAGGAAAGUAACGGCGGAGUCGACACUCGGGAAAGGCAAGGCGAAGAGAAAAGAAGGCAAAGAGGAGGAGACGGGGCCGGAAGGAGGCGAGGAGCGAAGGAUCGAGUCGACACCCAGCCGAGGAGAGAGGUCAAAGCCGAAAAGAGAAAAGGAGGAGGUCGAGGCGGAAGGAAGCGAGAAAGGAAGGAGCGAGGCAACGACUGAGUCGACACCUAGUAAAGGCGAGACGAAGACGAAAGAAGGGGCGAAGGAAGAGACCCGUCGGGGAGGAGACGAGGGAAGAAAGACUGAGCGGAUACCCCGCCGAGGAGAGAAGUCAAAGCCGGAAGGAGGAAAGGAGGAGACCAAGGCGGAAAGAAGGAGCAAGGCGACCGCGGAGUCGACGCUCGGCAAAGGCGAGACGGAGAGAAAAGAGGGCAAAGAGGAGGAGACGCGGCCGGAAGGAGGCGAGGAGCGAAAGAUUGAGUCGACGCCCAGCCGAGGAGAGAGGUCAGAGCCGAAAGGAGAAAAGGAGGAGACCGAGGCGGAAGGAAGCGAGAAAGGAAGGCGCGAGGUAACGGCGGAGUCGACGCCUAGUCGAGGCGAGACGAAGACGAAAGAAGGGGCGAAGGAAGAGACCCGUCGGGGAGGAGACGAGGAAAGAAAGACGGAGUCGAUACCCAGCCGAGGAGAGAAGGAGGAGACCGAGGCGGAAAGGAGGAGCAAGGCGACCGCGGAGUCGACGCUCGGCAAAGGCGAGACGAAGAGAAAAGAAGGCGAAAAGGAAGAGACCCGGCACGAAGGCGGUGAGGAAAGAAAGGCGGAGUCGACGCCAAGGCGAGGAGAAGAAAUGAACAGACGAGAAGCAAAACAGGAGGAUGCGACGGUGAAAGGAAAGACGGCGGGCCGAGGAGGGAAGAGGAAGCGAAAGGAACCGGAAAGGGAAGAGACUAAGCGAGAAGGAAAGACGGAGUUACUACCUCACAGAGAGAAGACGCGGAGUACAGGAAAGGAAGAGACGGAGCGGUCGGGAGGCGGGGAAGGAAAGACUGAGGUGACUCGGGAGUCGACUCUUAUCCAAGGAAGGAAUAGCGAGAGAAAGGAAGGGGAAAAAGAGAAGACCGCGCAAAAGGAAAAUGAGGAAGGAAAGGCGGCGGUACCGGCGGAGGAGUCGACAACUAGACGGGGAGAGAAACUAAAAACAAAAGGAAGAAAGGAGGAGGCGAACGCGGGAGAAGGUGAGGGAGGAAAGACCGGGGUAACGACCGAGUCAACGUCCGGCGGAGGAGCCGAGACGAAGGGACAAGAAAGUGAAAAGGAAGGGGCCGGGCAGGCUGGAAGCAAGGAAGGAAAGAGCGGGGCGGUGACGCGGGAUUGGACUCCUAUUCAAGGAAGGAAGGGCAAGAGGAACCUCGGGGGAAAAGAGACGACCGAGGAGAAGGGAGAGGACGAAGGAGUGACGGAGGCGAUAAGAGAGAAGUCGGCACCGGGGCCGGCUGAGACGAAGACAAAAGAUGGGGUAGGAGAGAAGACUGUGCCGGAAGAGCGUGAGGAAGGAAAGACCGAGGUCACGAGCGAGGAACGGUCUCGCGGAGGAGGCGGGACGAAGGGAAAAGAAUCCAAAAGGGAGGACGCUGAGCAGAAAGGAGGCGAGGAAGGAAAGGCGGAUGAGUCGCCGCUAAGCCGAGGAGCGAAAAGGAAAAAAGGCGAAACGGAGGCGGAAGGAAAGGCCGAGGUCGCGACGAGGGAGCCGGCGCCGAGCAGAGGAGGGAAGGGUAAGACAAAGGAAGCCGCCAAGCAGGAAGGAGUUGAGAACAAAAAGACGGAGGCGGCAUCUAGCCAAGGAGGCAAAAUGACGAAAGAAAGGGAGGAGACCAAGCAGGAAGUAAGCAAGGAAGGAACGGCGGAGCCGACGCGGGAGGAUUCAAGUCGGAGCCGCGGAGAGAAGAGGAAGCGACGGGAAGAGGAAAAGGAGGAGAGCAAGCGGGUAGGAGGGGAGGAGGGAAAAGUAGAGGGACGGAAAGCGCCGGGCAAAAGGCGGACGGCCGAGGAGGAGGGACCGAAGACGACUACGGGGGACGCUCGACAAGCCGGCGCCAAGAAGAGGGUGAGGAGAGAGAGCCGGAAGGAUGAGGGUGAAAAGGGAAAAGAGGUGACGGAGGAGAGGAGAGAGAAAAAGAGGUCUAGGAAAGAGAAGGACGCAAGCGCGGGAGGAAGGACGGCCAAUGAGGCGGCGAAAGACGGCGUCCGAGCCAAGGAAGGGAGAGACGCGGAAGAGGAGCGGCGGCUCCGGCUUGCGGCCAAGAAGGAGAGCGUCCUGAAAUCCCUGAGAGGUCUCCUGAAGUCGACGAGGGGCGGCAAGCGGAGGGAAACGGCGAACAAGAGCAUCACGAAGUCCGCCGUCAGGGCCAAGACCAAGAGGACCAGGGUUCAAAAGAUUGUCAAAGAAUCCAACGCGGCGAAUAAAAAUCCGCACGCGACGGGAAGCGCAACCGUGGCGAAAGACAGAGGAGAAAACCCGUCAACCGCCGCGACAGGCGACCGAAGCGACGGCAAAUUGGGAGAGAGCGCGGAAGCCGGUCUGGAGGAGCUUCAGAAGAAAGACUCGAGGAAGUUGAUUGGAAAAAUCGUGAAAGCGACCACCAAGGUUCAGGUGAAGACCAUGAUGGGCGGAGCCACGCUACCGCCGCAGGAGGAGGAGGAAGUAGAGAAGAAGAGGGCGGCGGCGGCGGCGACGACGACGACGAGCAUCCAGAGGACCGCGGACAGAAACUCUGAGGAGGAGAGGAAGCCCGAGAGAGUUUUGACGGACGACGAGAAAGCUGCAACAAAGCGCCGCGACGAAACGCUGAAGGAGAAGGACCCCGCCAAGGCGGGCAAGACCGCGACGGGCGAGAAGCGGGAAGAAAAUGAAGCGCAGAAGGAAAGCGGCGGGAGGAGGACCGCCGCGGAGGACAAGCAAGGUUGCGUCUGGAGACAACCUCGCGAGGUCGACAACCAGCAGCAGCAGCAGAAGAAGAAUUUGAACCUUACCGUGACCGAUUCAACCCUCCACAGAAUCCACGGAGACAUCCGCAUCUCGCUCAAGAGCGACAACCCGGACUUUGCCAAGUGCCUGGCGGCUUUGGAUCAGCUCAGCGACAUCUACGUGACGUCGCAGCACGUCCAAAAGCACAGCGAGCUCAUCUCCACUCUGAGGAAGAUGCGCUUCUACCGCGCCAACCAGGACAUCAUGGACAAGGCGGCCAUGCUGUACAACCGCUUCAAGAACGCCUUCCUCCUCGGCGAAGGCGAAGAGGUGGUGAGCGCCGCCUUCUUGCGCUCGCUGCUCGAGGAGAAAGAGCGCGAGGAGGCGGAGCGCUGCAAGAAGGUGGCGGCGGCGGCGGGCGGAGAAGAGCAAGUCCGGAAACGGGACACUCCUUCAGCGGACUAGCCGGCGACUCGGAGGAGGAAGUCACCUGCGCGACUCUGACGCGACUGGAUCCGCGUCCGCGCAAUUCCCGCGGAAACUUGAACUGAAAGGAGACUUUGAAGUCUUGAUUUGUGUCCGUGUGUGUAUAUAUUCCCGUCGAUCUUGUUCAGGAAGGUCUUAUUGUUCUAUUUUAUUUUAGUUUUGUUUUGAGCAACGAAUGUGGACUCGCGCAACGUGCCGUUAAAUCAAUAAAGGCUCCAAUGCGGUCUUUGUCAUUUUA